AGGGAAGCAUGAAGAAGACCGUGCGCAGGGCCCUGCUCCCUCUGCUCUUUCACAUGAGUGACGAGACCCCGAGCGUAGCACAGGCAUCUGGGGAAGCCCUUGUGUCCUGUGCAAAGUUCCUGAAGUGGAAGGAGCUCAAGCAGCAGGCCCGGCAGAAGAACACAGUGGGGAUCAUGAAGUGUUUGCUGCAGCAGGACAGAAAGGGAGUGGAAGGCCACCUGCAGCAGAGCCUGCCAUACCUGGAGGAUUCUCAGGCCUCCUUGCGAUGCGAGGCUGUCAGAUUCAUUGGGCUGAUUGGGAAGCACUCCAGGGAGCAGAGUGAGGAGAUGCUGAAUGAACUCUGCAGUGCCCUUCAGCCUUUGGAAGAUGACCCCCAUCUGGCAGUCCGUGUUGUGGCAUCUGAGACCAUCCAGAUACUGCGACAACAAAGGCAGAAGGCGGCACCAGCACGGAGAAGGCUCCCAGCACUUUUCCGCUGGUCCUGCAUAGCCUUCUGAGGGAUAAUUCUUGUUCAUUAACGUUGGAUCCUUCAGUUUUCAUGUCUCUUACCAUCUCUCUUCCAGAAGAUCUUGCGAAGAAAGGCUUUUCCUGUGAGGAUGAAACACAGAUAGGAAAUGUUACAUCUAGUUUUGCUGUGGGAGUUUACCUCUGUGUGUGACACAUUCAUUCUUCUGACAGCUGCUAACACUCAGUUUAUUAAUAAAAAUCAUUCCUUUA